UCCCCGCGACGCGUGCCCCGAUCAACCCAAGCUAUAUAAACCAAAUUAUUUUUUCAAAGUGAUUCAGUAGUGAGCAAGCAAAUCUAAGCAACAACACAGCUACAGUUUGCAAAGUUUCAGUGAAAUUCCAAACUUUACUUAACUUUAACAAUAUUUUUGUGUGGAUUACAACUAUUGUGGAAGAACCAUGUUUAAACAGGUGAUUUUACUUUGCACCGUAUUGUGUCUCGUGGUUGGUGAACCACCAGUACCCCAAUAUGGUGUCCCAUACAACAAUGCCGGAGGCGGCGGCGGUGGUUACAACAACUACAACCAAGGCGGCGGUGCCCAUGGUGUUAAUAAUGGUGUCGGUGCACCGAUCACGAGCUACGGUGCCCCGAACUAUGACAAUAAUCAAGGAGGACAUGGCGGACACGGCGGUGGACACGGGCACGGUGAUGAAGGAUACGGCGAACCCAAAGCCUAUGAAUUCGGCUACCAAGUAAAAGAUGACUAUACUGGUACCAACUACAACCGUCAGGAACAAAGUGAUGGUAAUCAAGUGACCGGUUCGUACCGCGUUGCACUUCCCGAUGGCCGCACCCAAAUUGUGACCUACUACGCUGAUUGGAAGACUGGGUUCCAUGCUGAUGUGCGUUAUGAAGGAGAAGCACAAUACCCUGAUCAGUACAACACUAACCAGGGAUACAAUUACAACCAGAAUCAAAAUCAGGGUUAUAAUAACAAUCAAGGUUAUAACAAUCAAAACCAAGGAUUUAACUACAACCAGAAUCAAAAUUACAACCAAAACCAACAACAUUACAACGCCCCGAGUGCUCCCAGCAACCAAUAUGGCGCCCCUGUGAACCCGGUCGCCAUUAAUAACCAGUACGCGGCACUGAGCAACAGUUACGGAACGCCCAACACCGGAAGCUAUGACAAUUACAACCAGAAUCAGAACUAUCAUCAGAACAACUACAACAAUAACAAUCAACACAACUAUGACAGCUAUGCGAAUUCUGGUUUUGGUAACAAAGUUAAACCCACGGCUGUUUACGGCGCUCCAUAAAUAAUCACAUAUUUGAAUUUUUUUCUAUAAAUAAAUAUGUACAUUAUGUUGUAGAUAUAUAAAUAAGUUCAAAACAUUUUGUAUUUCGUGAGGUCUCAUCUCACAGUAUUAGGAUUAAGUUGUGUAAAGUGUAAAUUGCCAUCAAUUGCCAAUUUGUGGAAAUAAAUUGAAACAAAAUAA